AUGAGCUCCUCAAAAAAUAAAGUAGAUGAGACAGACUGUGCUCUAAAGAUUAGUCAAGAACCUUACUCUGCUAAAUCGGCUUACAAUUAUUUAAAAAAUAUUGUUGUAAAAAAUGGAUUUUUCGCCUUAUGGAGGGGCAACACUGCUUCAAUGGCUAGAAUUCUUCCUUAUGCAUCCAUCCAGUUCACAUCUCAUGAACAGUGGAAAAGGAUUCUUGGAACAUCAAAUAAAGACCACAAUUUCAGAAGAUUUUUAGCUGGUUCCCUAGCUGGAAUUACUUCCCAGACUUUAACUUAUCCAUUAGAUUUGGCAAGAGCUCGAAUGGCUGUUACUUACGAUUCUGAAUUUGCAACAUUAAAACAAGUUAAAGAAGGACUGAAAGGAUUUUAUAGAGGUUAUGUGCCAACUUUUCUCGGUGUUAUACCAUAUGCUGGAGCAAGUUUUUUUACAUAUGAAUCAUUAAAAAUAUGGUAUUCAGAUUUGAUGGGAAAAGCAAAACCUGAUUCUUUAAUACUUUUAGCAUUCGGAGCAGCCUCUGGAUUUUGUGGUCAAGGUAUAUCGUAUCCCCUUGAUAUUGUCAGAAGAAGAAUGCAAACGGAGGUUAUAACAAAACAAAAUUACCAAUCUAUAUUUGGUACAUUGAAAACAAUAUAUAGAACUGAAGGAUUUAUAAAAGGAUUUUUUAAAGGAUUAAGUAUGAACUGGAUUAAGGGGCCCAUUGCUGUUGGUAUUAGUUUUGCAACCUACGAUGGAAUGACAGAUUUCUUAAGACGAAUUAUUUGUUAA